GGUUGAAUUCUCUUCUCACUACUAAACAUACUUCGCGCGAGCAUCGAAGUUCACUUUGCCUUGGCGCGGUGAAAAUGGCGGUCCCUUCACUGCGAAUCAUCCUCCGGCGGACCAGCCCCUCCGCUUCAGAACGCCUCCACCUCCGCCGCCUCUGCACCACCGUUCUCGACCACGAUGCCGCUCCAGCGCCGCCGCUUUCCUUCGCCCUCCCCUGCAUCGAGCCGUCGGACGACGCCGACUCCAUAUCACAGAUCCUCCUCUGCCACCAUAACCCCUUCCACGUCAUGGAAUCCUCCCUACAGCUCCACGGCGUCUCCCUCUCCCCCGGCCUCCUCCACCAGUCGCUCCUCCGCCUCCGGCACAGCUCCAAAGUCGCUCUCGCCCUCUUCAACUAUGCCAAGUCUCUCCCUUCCCCUCCCCUCACGCCGACCUCGUACGACCUCCUCAUCGACAUCCUCGGCAAGGUCCGCCAAUUCGACGUCGUCUGGCAGCUCAUCGUCGAGAUGGACCAGAACAACUGCCCGCCGUCGACCACCACCUUCCUCAUCCUCGUCCGCAGGUUAAUCGCCGCCGGCCUCACGCGUCAGGCCGUCCGUGCAUUUGACGACAUGGAGAGCUUCGUUGACCAGAAAGCGGGAAACAUGGAGUACUCUUACUUGCUGGACACGUUGUGUAAGUACGGCUACGUGAAGUUAGCCGUAGAAAUAUUCAACCAGAGGAAGUCUAGCGGGGUUUUCGAGCCUGAUGCGAAGAUGUACACGAUCCUAAUCUACGGGUGGUGUAAGAUCGGCAGGAUCGACAUGGGGGAACGGUUCCUGAACGAGAUGAUUGAGCGCGGCAUCGAGCCCCACGUGGUCACAUACAACGUUCUGCUAAAUGGGAUAUGCAGGAGGGCGAGCUUGCACCCUGACGGUCGGUUUGAGAGGACCCUGAGGGCCGCGGAUAAGGUGUUUGAUGAAAUGCGCUACAGAGGAAUUGAGCCUGAUGUGACAAGCUAUUCGAUUGUGCUACAUGUUUAUAGCCGGGCGCAUAAGCCCGAGCUGUCUCUCGAUAAGUUGAAGAUGAUGAGGGAGAGAGGGAUUUGCCCGAGCGUGGCGACAUACACUUCUGUGGUGAAGUGCCUCUGCUCAUGUGGGAGGAUCCAGGACGCUGAGGAAUUGCUCGCGGAGAUGGUGAGGAGUGGGGUCAGCCCUUGUGCUGCCACUUAUAACUGUUUCUUCAAGGAGUACAGGGGAAGGAAAGAUGUCGAGGGCGCAAUACGUUUUUAUCGGAAGAUGAAGGAGGAUAACAUGUGCGUACCCACGAUGCAUACCUAUAACAUUCUGAUCGGGAUGUUCGCAAAGUUCGAUUACAUGGGGAUGGUGAAGGAGAUAUGGGAGGAUAUGAAGAAGGGCGGCACUGGGCCCGACUUGGAUUCCUAUACACUGCUGGUUCACGAGCUGUGCAAGAAGGAGAGGUGGCGGGAGGCGUGCAAGUACUUCGUGGAGAUGAUCGAGAAGGGGUUUCUCCCUCAGAAGAUCUCCUUCGAGACGCUCUACAGAGGUUUGAUUCAGUCGGAUAAAAUGAGGACAUGGAAUAGGUUGAAGAAGAAGCUUGAUGCGGAGUCGAUAACAUUUGGGUCGGAGUUUCAGAAAUAUCAGCUUAAGCCAUAUAGGAGAUGAUGCAUUGCCCCAAGCAGUUUUUUCUUGUACUUAAAACGUGUUCUGGAUCAGGCGUUUCAUCAAGUCAGUCAGAAUUGGCUCCGACGAAAGUGGUAUCGGCGAUUGAGUUUACAACUCUGUGGCCGAAGUAUCGGCCGGCGCGGGCGUGCCACGGAAUAUCAACUCUCCUGUGUCAUAGCAAGAAAAAUGAGUACUUUGGAUUCUUCGGAUGCAUUCUAUUCGGUCUUUGGGGAUGUCGAGCGUGACUGAACUGCUGCGGAGAGAGGAACCCUGCUGUGCUGCUUGAAGGGUCUCGUGAUUCAUAAGAAAACAAGAACAAGAUGCAUGAAGAGGACGGCUCUUCCAAUUUUGUUACUUUUUUAUUAGUCUCUGCUCUUCGGAUAUAAAGAAGGGAAAGGAGACGCACUCUCUCUCUCUCUCUCUCUCUCU